AUGUAUUCUGCAUCAACUACUCUUGAUCUUGCAUGUGGCCUCACAGAUUGUAAUGUAGUAUCACUUUUAAGUGAGGAUUCUGUUAUUCGUAUGAAUAACAUAAUUGAGCGAUUUAAGUUGAUCGAAUUGCCAUUGGAAAGUGGUUUAUUUCAAAUCAUUGGGAAUUCUUUCUUACAAGUAUUUCUUCCAUCAUGUCCAACAAACUCAACAUUGCGUGCACAAAAUCAUAUUUAUUAUAUGUUAACAUCUUUACGUCCGAAUAAGCCGCAAUUAGCAUAUAACUAUUUACAUUCAAUAGAUCAUGCUGAUGAUUUGCACAUAUUAGUCGAAGGCGAUAGUGUUGAUUAUUACUUAUUUUAUGAUGAUGGUCAUGUUGAGCAUAAAAUCUUAGGUCAUGAUUAUGCUGCUGGAGAGGUACCAGUGGUUACAACUCCAGGUUCAAUUGCUUCUAAAGCUCUAAAACUACGGCAUGGAAAAAAUGGAUUUGCUUUCAUUGUCAGCGUCGUAACACCAGAAUGGUCAUCUGAUCGAUGUAGAAUCGGAGCUGGACAAUCGUUUAUUGACAAAUACACUGGAAAAGAAGCAUGGUGUACGGAAGUAUUUCUAAAAGAAUUAAUUGGACCAAACUGGAAGGAUAACAAUACAAUAGAGAAUCGAUAA